CCGCCAGGGGUCGCCGCGCGCUGUGCUGCUUCCGUCGCUGCUCCGCCCGAGCGAUUGGCGCCAAAAUCAAACGCGCUCCUCGCCCACGCAGGCCUUCUCCGGGUCCCCGGAAGGCCCGGCUUCCGCGCCAUGUCAAAGAAAAAAGGACUGAGUGCAGAAGAAAAGAGAGCCCGCAUGAUGCAAAUAUUUUUUGAGACUAAAGAUGUAUUUCAGUUAAAAGACUUGGAGAAGAUAGCUCCCAAAGAGAAAGGAAUCACUGCUAUGUCAGUAAAAGAAGUUCUCCAAAGCUUAGUCGAUGAUGGUAUGGUGGACUGUGAGAGGAUUGGAACUUCGAAUUAUUACUGGGCUUUUCCGAGUAAAGCUUUCCAUGCCAGGAAACGUAAACUGGAGGCUCUCGAAUCUCAGUUGUCUGAAGGAAACCAAAAACAUGCAAGCCUACAGAAAAGCAUCGAAAAAGCAAAAAUUGGCCGUCGUGAGACCGAAGAACGAGCCAUGCUAGCAAAAGAGCUUUCUUCACUUCGGGACCAAAGGGAACAGCUUAAAGCAGAAGUAGAAAAAUACAAAGAAUGUGACCCACAAGUUGUGGAAGAAAUACGUCAAGCAAAUAAAGUAGCCAAAGAAGCUGCUAACAGAUGGACCGAUAAUAUAUUUGCAAUAAAAUCUUGGGCCAAAAGAAAAUUUGGAUUUGAAGAAAAUAAGAUUGAUAAAAAUUUUGGAAUUCCAGAAGACUUUGACUACAUAGACUAAAAUGUUUGAUGGGUGCAGAAGACUUGCCGGGCUUAUACACGUGAAUUCUAAGAUACUGUCUCACUGGCAGUGAGUUGUCAUUGCCCUGUAACUGUUUGGUGGCUUAGUGAUUCUAAAUAAAGUUAUAAACUACAGAUGUUCUUCA